ACAAAAAAAACUUGGAAUUUCAUAAUGCCAUAUCUCCGUUCAAAAAUUCUCCGAUUCUCCAUCAUCACCCGCCUCUCAAUAAUAGCCCUCCAAUUAUUUUUCAACGCAAUUUGUCCAGAUCACGUAGCAGACGCAUUCAAAUCUCCACAGAAUCCCGAAGAAAAAAUAUCAAAUUUCGACAGAUUAAUUUCAUUUCUCCUAACUGGAUUGACCCAUUGGGACUCUGAAUAUUACCUACACAUAGCUAAAUAUGGAUACACCUACGAAAAUACCCUAGCCUUCUUCCCUCUUUACCCAAUGACGAUCAGAGCCUCGGCAAUUGUUCUCAAAAAAAUUCUGUUUUUUCUAAAUUAUCAGAGUGUCAUUACAAUUUCUGCGGUUGCAAUCAACUUUUUUUGCUUCAUUAAAUCAUCAUUAAUCCUUUACGACCUGACGUCUGUCCUGACCAACAAGAAAAUGGCGUACCGAUCCGCCAUUUUGUUCUGCAUAAGUCCAGCAUCCAUCUUCUUCACUGCGGCUUACACUGAAUCAAUGUUCUCGUACUUAACAUUUCAUUCCAUGCUUGCAGCAGUGAAAAAUGAUCGAUUCGCAAGUAUUCCCAUCGGUCUGUCCUCAUUACUGAGAUCUAAUGGAUUAAUCAACGUGGGAUUCCCCCUUUUCACUAGUUUAAGAGAUUUAAUUCACCGAUUUUCCGUCCUCAAAGCAAAAAGUUUCACAAAAUUAUCAAAACUAAUCGCUGGAUUAAAAAUAAGUAUCUCCUGCCUCUCUCAAAUGUUUAGUACAAUAUUAUUAUCAAUUGCACCAUUUUUAUUAUUGCAGACUUAUUAUUAUGUGUUGUUCUGCGCCGAGAGUGCCAAUUCCACAUUUAUUUUACCACAUGUGAAAAAAUUUGGGGAUGAUAAUGGAUUAGUAAUGCCUGGAGGGGAAAUUCCCUCUUGGUGUUACGAUAAAAUCCCGUCUGCGUACUCUUACAUCCAGAAAAAAUACUGGAAUGUAGGUUUUCUGAAUUAUUACGACUUGAAACAAAUUCCCAAUUUUAUUUUGGCAUUCCCAAUAAUCUUUAUGAUGUCAAAAUGUAUUUUUGGGUAUUUUAGAGAGAAUUGGGGAGAAAUCGUGAGUCUGAGAGUUUUCCGUUUGGAUUUCGAGAGGGAAAAAUCUAAAGAAAAAAAUUAUCCAGUACUGAUGUUUCCGUUUAUAGUUCAUGGAUUAUUUUUAACUGUUUUCUGUAUUUUUUUUGUGCAUAUACAAGUGAGUACAAGACUCCUCGGAUCAGCUAGUCCACUUUUGUAUUGGUACUCAUCAAUUUUAAUGUCCGAAGGGGAACGUAACGACUGGAAUGAUAAGGAUGAAGGAAAAAUCUACCAUAAAGUAUUUUUUAAGUCGAAACGAUGGACAACCGUUGAAAAAUUCGUUAUUGGAUAUUUCCUGGGCUAUACCGUACUCGGUACGUUUAUGUACUCGAAUUUUUUACCUUGGACUUGAAUUAAUUUCAUGUAUUCCCCAUUGGUAUAGACAAUAAAUAAAGGUUUCUAUUUA